UACCUGGUAGCUCCUGCUCCUCAUACCCUUGGAUAUAAUCUUCAUUCAAUUUCAAUCUUUCUCAUGUCUGCAAACAUAGAAGCAGAAACACAACCUUUGACAACUCCUCCUUAUUCCUCAGAUGGUAACAACGAAAUAGUGAAGGACGUAAUCCUAUGGAGAAGAAAGAAACUAAGUGCGACUGUUCUUGUAACAGCAACAUUAACAUGGGUGUUGAUGGAAGUAUGGCAAUUCAACUUCCUCACUGUGGUUUCAUGGGUGGCUAUAAUUGUUACUGCUUCAAUGUUCCUCUAUGCCAAUAUGCUUAAACUUUUGGGCAAGGAACCCCUGAACUUGUCGAUGUUGGAAUUAAGAGAAGAAACAACUCUAAGAAUGGCUAAUACAGUUAGAGCAUGGAUUGAAGAAGCAAUAAGGUGGUUGUUCCUGGUGAGCGCAGAGAAAGAUUGGCCUGUAUUUGUUGGAGUUGUUGCUGGCUUAUGGUUACUCUCUUGUGUAGGAAGCUGCAUGGACCUCCUAACACUCAUUUAUAUAGGUAUAUUAGCGGGCAUGACGGCUCCAGUAACAUAUGUGAAGAACGAGGACAACAUUAAGAGAUUCAUAAAGUGGUUGAGGGAGAAAUGCGAGAGGUCUUACGAGGUUUUUGAUGAGAAGGCCAUUAAGAAAAUUAAGAGAGUAGUGAACGAGAAGAAGGGGAAGAAAACAGAGUAAUCUGCUUUUGUAGUUUGUAACUUGAUAUGUAAAUUAUAU